AUGCCUACACAACGGCGCGUGCGACUCAUCGUAGUCGCGGUUGUCGUGAUCCUCUUCCUCACCUUUUACUAUUCCGGAGAAGCAAGCAGAAUUCAAAACCAAAAGUUCUACCGAUCCACCCUCGAUGCAAUGAGGGCCAAGGAGGAUGCAAAGCAUGCGAAACCGCAAGACAAGAUCCAGGACGCGAUUCCCCGGCAGGGAUCAAAUGCCGCGCAAGCGGAUAGUGCCAAUUACGAACACCCAGUGAUUCCACCGGCGAAGCAGAGCGAGGAGAUGGAGGAGAUCCCAAUUGCGGGACGGACGAAGAUGACGGUGCCCAAGAACAAGGAUGUACAAGGCUCAUCGUCGGACUCAAAGCCCGUGGAGCAGGAGGAGACCACAGACCACUUGGAUGCAAAGAGCGAGCUGAACUCGAUUCUGAAGCGAUCUCCUGUGAUCAUCUUUUCCAAGUCCUACUGCCCCUACAGCAAGAAAGCAAAGUCGAUCCUACUGAACCGCUACUCGAUCUCCCCGAAGCCGUUCGUUGUCGAGUUGGACCAGCACCCGAUCGGACGGGCCCUUCAGGAUCUCCUGGCGCAGAACACGGGCCGUCACACCGUACCUAAUGUGCUGGUUAAUGGAAAGAGUAUCGGAGGCGGGGAUGACAUUGCUGCCCUGGACCAUAGCGACGAGCUGGCAUCGACGCUGCGAACAAUGGGUGGUAAAUGGGUGGCAGAGGUGACGCGCGCUACCCCUAGUGAGGGGCACCUGUGA